UAGUUCCCGUAGUCAGACUGUUUCCUUGUAGCCUUCAUGAGGCGGAUUCUGCUCAGCAGAGGGAAGUAGAUAUGAAAAUAGGGGCCAGGAUUGUGUGAAUUUCUGGAAAUAUGUCCAAGAAAAGGGGCAGAAAGCGUAGCAGCGGCGAGCUGAGUGAGAGUUCGGGUUUGUCUCUGUCGUCGACCCUAGACCCUAACAACCUGCUGGGCCUGCGGAUUGAGCACAAUUGGAGGGAGAAGGGCAACCUGACCAAGUGGAAAGGCACAGUGCUGGAGCGCCUCACCGUCAACACCUCCCUGUACAUGGUCAAAUACGACGGCUUCGACUGCGUCUAUGGCAUCGAGCUGUUCAAAGACGAGCGGGUGUCCAACCUGCAGGUUUUAACAGAGAAAGUCGUAAACAACAAGAUCAAGGUGCCCCACGAUGCGCCAGAGUUGGUGGGCAAGGCUGUGGAGCACCUGUUUGAGAAGGAGGACGGUGAGAAGAAUGAGUGGAGGGGCAUGGUGCUGUCUCGCGCCCCCAUCAUGACCAACUGGUACUACAUCACCUAUGAGAAGGACCCUGUGCUCUACAUGUACCAGCUCUGGGACGACUAUAAGGACGGAGACCUCCGCAUCCUCCCUGAAGCUGAGAACAAACACCUGCUGCCUGCGGACAGGAAGCCAGGCGAGGAGACAGAGAGCCUUGUGGGUAAGCAGGUGGAGUAUGUCACUGAUAAGGGCGUGAAGAGGACUGGGCUGGUAAUCUACCAGGUUCCCGCCAAACCCUCCGUCUACUACAUCAAAUACGACGACGACUUCCACAUCCACGUUUAUGACCUUGUCAAAACCACCUAGAAUACAACUUGACCUUGUCAAAACCACCUAGAAUACAAUUUGACCUUGUCAAAACCACCUAGAAUAUCACUUGACCUUGUCAAAACCACC